AUCUCGGUUUGAGCAUAAAAACAACCGAGUGGGCGUUGAGAAGAGUUGUUAGUGUGGUGCUUUCUUUGCUUUGACUCCGGAAAGUUUUUCAACAAUGGUGCAGCAACUCUCCAAAUCUGGAGCGAAGGAGACUCCUCUGCUGAAAGCUGGUCAUCCUCCUGCAGUGAAGGCUGGAGGUAAACGGGUAGCCAAGAAAAGCAUGGAAGAUGGCACCCAUGGGACUCCAGAGAAGGAGACCAAGAGGUCUGAUAAACCAAGGUCCCUCGCCACAUCCAACAGGAUGCAACAAGUUAGUAUGCUUCUGGCAGGAACUCUUGACAAGCUGAGCCAUGACUUUCCAGAGACGCCAGUGAGCGUGAGGCACAGCAAGCUGCGCCCCGCAGUGGAGAAGCCCCACUCCCCCCGGACCUUUCUCAUCCAGCAGCCGAGGAAGUUUUGAACAACAUCUCAGAGGGAACCGUGUCAAGCCAACCGUGAAACACGAACCUGAAGUGUUAGACACAUGAGGGGACUGGCAUGUUGUCUGUAAAUUGUCCGUGUUUAUAGAGAGGGAGCGAGAGCUUUCAUCAAGCUCUGUGUUUACUUUCUGGGCUGUACUUGUUUGUGAGAAUACUAUAAACCAGCAUUGAAUGUGUCUUUUCUAGCGUUGUAAGAGAAAUGCUGUAGUUGUAUUUCCCAGCUGAUGAAAACCAGAUGGUGUUUGGGUAUGUUUAAUAUGGGGGUUGUUAAGUGAGGUUUUUGAGAAAGCUUAUAUAUAUAUUAUUUUUUUAAAAAUUUUUUUUUUUUUUUUUUUUUUUUUUCCCCCCCAGUGAAAUCUUCACUAUGUAUUGCUCGGCUCUUAUUAGAUUUGAUUUUAAAAAAAGAAUACAAAUGAAUAAAUAAAGAUGAAUAAUUUGCAUUCC